GAAAUCUCCGCGUUUUUACUCAGUAAUUUAAAAAGUAUACUGACUUAAAUGCCCGUAAAACACCUCCGCCUCGUCAUCAGCUAAGCCAGACAGAGCCCGUGACGUAAAACACAAGUCGUUUUCUCUCUACAGCUCUCGAAGCAUAGUGAUGGGAAAACACUAUAUAUAUCAUUCAUGCAAUACGAGUCGCCAUCACAACACCGAGACUCCUCCAGUGCCCAAUUCUCUGACCUCUUUGCAAGCGGGCUCUACUAGAUCUACUGUUUUCUCUCCGAGCAGCAAAGCUGGCACUCUUACUUCAGCCUUAUACAGACCAGAACCUCUACAUGGAUGACAGUUCAAGCAAGAACCUAUGUGUGGGCUCCAAUGGACUAUUUCUAAAUGGACAGGAAGACCUUGGACUGUUUGCAUCAUUCCAGCAUCAGUGGAGCAAUAUGGCCGGAGGGGCUAGCUCAUCAUCUUCGCUUGCUGCAAUGGCAGGUUUGCAAAAUGACAAGUCUCUCGGUACUACAGGUAGCUCCAGCAGUCCAGAAGAUGCAUCGUUCCUGAAUAGUCAUGCCAUGAUCUCAGCUGUAGAUAGCAAUAGAUCAUCGGCAAUCAGUGAUCACACUGAUACAGAGGACUACGAGGACGACAGGCCAAAGAGGAAGAGGCCAAGAAACCCAAUCCCAAACGAGAAAAAAGACGAUAAGUACUGGGAGAGACGACGUAAGAACAACAUUGCAGCAAAGCGAUCCAGAGAGACAAAGAAACAAAAGGUUGAUGAAGAGCUCUUAAAGGCUAAGGAUGCCAUUCAAGAGAAUCACAAGCUCAAGCAAGAGAUCGAAGUGCUAAAAGCAGAAAUAAACAGUCUUAGGAGAUUACUGAAAGAUGCAAAUAUGACGCUCUCCCUGUGGAUUAGAGCCAAGCAAACAUCAGAACCAGCUUCACAGUUACCUCCAAUGCUAAGAAACACUACUGGGAAUAUGCCAUUUGUCACGUUCCCAGUAACUACAUCGAAUUUAUAACAAUUAUUAUUAUUGCAUGUAGACCUUAUUGCAUACCUAUCCAUCUAUCUACCUAUCUUUCAUCAUACUCUUAUUGUCCUUUUUUUCCACUACCAAAAAAAAUAAUAAAAUCAUGCUGCUACUUUGCAUAAACUUCAGAGAAUUAAUUAUUAUUUAUAUUUUGAAAGAACAUUUAACACGUAA